AUGGAGAAGUCCAAAAACUUUCGCAUCGAUGCCAUUCUGGCUGUGGAGCCUCCUAAAGCUCAGACCUCUCCCUUGGCUCUGGUCACCUCGCUGUCCUCUAACUCCAUAUCUUCGUCCUCCUCAUCCUCGGGAAGAAGAAGCGUGUCGAGUUCGGAGCUUCUGAACUCCCCCUCGGCCAUGGUGGGUCUCCAUACGCCAAGCAGCGCUCUGUACCACCCGCACAUGUUCUCGUAUCCGCUGGGGCAUUCUCCGAUGCUGUCUUACCCCUACCCUCCUAUUCCUCAUUACGAGGAGCCACUCAAACUGCCCCCUGGUUCCCUGCAGCUUGAUCACUGGUUAAGGAUCUCCACCGCCGGCCUGACGCUCCCUAAACUCCAGCACGACUUCAACCAUCAGGCUCAUCAGUCCACACUGCUGGGAAAGUGCAGGAGGCCACGAACCGCGUUCACCAGCCAGCAGCUUCUCGAGCUGGAGCAUCAGUUCAAACUUAACAAGUAUCUGUCUCGACCCAAACGCUUCGAGGUGGCGACCAGCCUCAUGCUCACCGAGACCCAGGUAAAAAUCUGGUUUCAGAACAGACGAAUGAAGUGGAAGCGCAGUAAGAAAGCCAAGGAGCAGGAAGCAUCCCAGGAAGCAGGCGAGAAACAGAAAGGAAGUAAAGAGAAGGGGAAGAGCGAUCUGCCGGAUUCAGCUAAAAGCAGCAGACUGAGGGACUUUAGGGACAGCGACGAUGAGGAGGAGGAGGACGACGAAGGGGACACUUACAUGUGCAACUCGUCCGAGUGCUCUUCAGAGGACGAGAGGGUCCACAUGAGCCCUCAGGCCUGA